CUAAAGGAAAAGUAGACCCCCAGGUUUGAGAGAGAGAGAGGGAUGGCCAAGGAAGCCACGGGCCCCUGGUUUUGUGUGCUGGGCGACGAUGACCUUACACCCGUGAGAAAAGGUCACUGCUGGACACCUGGAUCGGAUCUGUCAUGUACAGAGGAGGCGCCUGUUUAACCAUCCAUCUGCUCUCCUGCCACCUGACUACCCUGACUCUGCCACCCUGUAGGCCAUGGAGAAUGAGCUGCCAGUCCCGCACACGACCAGCAGUGCAAGUGUCACCAGUGGAGCCAGUGGGUCUGGCAGUAACAAUGGCUGUAGCAAUAGCAGCAGUGGUAGCAGUGGCCGCCCCACUGGACCCCAGAUUUCUGUGUACAGUGGGAUUCCUGACCGGCAGACUGUGCAGGUGAUCCAGCAAGCCCUACACAGGCAGCCCAGCACAGCAGCUCAGUACCUGCAGCAGAUGUAUGCCGCCCAGCAGCAGCAUCUCAUGUUACAGACAGCAGCCCUGCAGCAGCAGCACCUCAGCAGUGCACAACUCCAGAGCCUGGCAGCUGUACAGCAGGCAAGCCUGGUGGCCAACAGACAAGGGAGCACUUCUGGCAGCAGUGUGUCUGCACAGGCUCCAGUCCAGUCAUCUUCGAUCAAUCUGGCAGCCUCCCCAGCAGCAGCUCAGCUCAUCAACCGGGCUCAAAGCGUCAACUCAGCCACAGCCUCUGGUCUUGCCCAACAAGCUGUGCUCUUGGGCAACACAUCUUCUCCAGCUCUAACUGCAAGCCAAGCACAAAUGUAUCUCAGGGCACAGAUGCUCAUCUUCACGCCCACGGCCACCGUCGCUACCGUGCAGCCUGAGCUCGGCACUGGCUCCCCCGCCCGGCCCCCUACCCCUGCCCAGGUACAGAAUCUGACCCUCCGAACACAGCAGACACCAGCUGCAGCAGCCUCGGGCCCUACCCCUACUCAGCCUGUCCUGCCCAACUUGGCCCUGAAACCCACCCCUGGCAGUAGCCAGCCUCUGCCUGCCCCUUCACAGGGCAGAAACACUGCUCAGGCUUCCCCUACAGGUGCUAAACCUGGCAUAACUGACAGUGUGAUGGAGCCUCUCAAGAAAGGAGAUGGCAACAGCAGCCUGCCAGAGAGUAUGGAUGGCAGGGCUGGGCUCAGCCGGACAGUUCCUGCUGUAGCUGCCCACCCCCUCAUUGCACCAGCUUAUACCCAACUGCAGCCACACCAGCUCCUCCCACAGCCGUCAGCAAAGCACCUGCAGCCCCACUUCGUGAUCCAGCCACAGGCACAGCAGCCACAGCAGCAGCUGCUGCAGCCUCAACCAUCUCGACCUGUGCCCCAAGCCCAGCCCCAGCUUGCCUCAGUUCCCCCAAGCCUGGCCCCACAGCCCAGCUCAGAAGCCCAUGCCAUGCCACUAGGCCCAUCUACACCUACCCUGCCACUCCAGUGUCCCACUACCCAUCUGCACAAGCCUGGCAGCAGUCAGCAAUGCCACCUAUCCACACCAGAUGCUGGAUCUCAGAAUGGACAUCCUGAGGGCAUGUCCCAUACCUCUCAAUGCAGGCUCCAUCACACCUCAGCUGUCAUUUUACAACUACAGCCUGCUUCACCAGUGCCCCACCAGUCUGGCCCUGAUGACUGGAAAGAAGCGGAAACAGGGGAGAAGAGUAUACCUGAGGCUCGGUCAGGCCCAUCCCCACACCAGCAAGCCAUUGUUACUACCAUAUCUGGUGGCAUGCCUGUACCCAAGAGCCCCAGCAUUCAGCGGUCCCCAGCUCACGAGACAGGGCAGGGCAUUGUUCAUGCACUGACCGACCUCAGCAGCCCCGGCAUGACCUCAGGGAACGGAAACUCUGCCUCCAGCAUCACCGGCACUGCCCCCCAGAAUGGUGAGAAUAAACCACCACAGGCCAUUGUGAAACCCCAAAUCCUGACGCAUGUUAUCGAAGGGUUUGUGAUCCAGGAGGGGGCGGAGCCUUUCCCGGUGGGACGCUCGUCCCUGCUGGUGGGGAAUCUCAAGAAGAAGUAUGCCCAGGGGUUCUUGGCUGAGAAGCUUCCGCAGCAGGACCAUACCACCACCACUGACUCUGAGAUGGAGGAGCCCUACCUGCAAGAAUCCAAAGAGGAGGGUACUCCCCUCAAACUCAAGUGUGAGCUCUGUGGCCGGGUGGACUUUGCCUAUAAGUUCAAGCGCUCCAAGCGCUUCUGUUCCAUGGCUUGUGCAAAGAGGUACAAUGUGGGAUGCACCAAACGAGUGGGACUUUUCCACUCAGACCGGAGCAAGCUGCAGAAGUCAGGAGCCACAACCCAUAACCGCCGUCGGGCUAGCAAGGCCAGUCUGCCACCACUUACCAAGGAUACCAAGAAGCAGUCAACAGGCACUGUACCCCUUUCAGUUACUACUGCCUUGCAGCUGACACACAGCCAGGAAGACUCCAGCCGUUGCUCAGAUAACUCAAGCUAUGAGGAACCCUUGUCACCCAUCUCAGCCAGCUCGUCCACCUCACGCCGCCGACAAGGGCAGCGGGAUCUGGAGCUCCCUGACAUGCACAUGCGGGACCUGGUAGGCAUGGGGCACCACUUCCUCCCGAGUGAGCCUACUAAGUGGAACGUGGAAGAUGUCUAUGAAUUCAUCCGUUCCCUGCCAGGCUGUCAGGAAAUUGCUGAGGAAUUCCGUGCCCAGGAGAUUGAUGGGCAAGCUCUGCUUCUGCUCAAGGAGGACCACCUGAUGAGCGCCAUGAACAUAAAGCUGGGGCCUGCUCUGAAGAUCUAUGCCCGCAUCAGCAUGCUUAAGGACUCCUAGGGCUGAUGGGGCAGCAGGGUUCUGGCCUAGAACUCCUCCUCCCCACUAAGCAGAGCCAGACAGACAUUCCUGAGGGGCCCGGAGGUGGGGCCAGCCAGAGGGAGGGGGCUCUCCCUAGGGGCAUAGCUGGUGAGGUGGUCUGGGUACCUCCUCAAUGGCUCUCAGGGGCCUUUCUUUUCUGUGGGAGGGGUAGAGAGGUAGGUGGCACAGAAGAUGGGGCUUUAUGCUUGUAAAUAUUGAUAGCACUGGCUUCCUCCAAAGUCCCAAUACUCUAGCCCAGCUCUCUUCCCCUCCCUCCGUCCCCCGUUUUCCAGGGGGUUAUGGUCAGGGCUUCCCAACCUGUGUUGGGUUACUUCCAAGGGCAGCCAGCAGGCCUGGAAAGGCCUCACAGCCCUUGCCUUCCUUCCUCCUGCUUUCUCCAGGCCUGGUUAGCCUUCCGUUGCCAGCUUCUCCCACUUCAGCCUGUCUCUGCAGCAGGGGGCUCCCCCACCCGCUGCCCCUCUGCAGGUGGAGAGAGAGAAGCUGGACCCAGUUUGGCCAUGCCUGCCGGCACAGACGCCUUAACGCUGUGUGUAUGUAUGACUGUGUGACUGUAUGGGACCUGGACUGACAGACAUGAGCUGCCCUCUGGCACCUCCAGGUGUUUUGUAGCAAACAGCCACUUAGUGCUUUGUCCUGGACUCCUCUCAGCCUGAGGAUGGGGAAUAGAAACGAAGGGCAGCCUCGAAAAGGGCAAGAUCAGAAAGGUGGAGAUUGGAUGGCCAGGAGGUCUCAGAAAGCCCUCCUCACAUGGUGACACUUCCCAAGUGCCCUGCUGUCUCCAACAGCACUGAGAAGCUGUGGUGAACACCGCAGUAAUCUGGCUAUCCACCCUGGCAGUCCCAAGAUAGGGCCAGAGCUCUGAAGGGAGGGAACAGCUUGGAGGCACUGGGUGGGGAGGCACCCUUGACCCCUGCUCCCACACUUCUUUGCUUGUAACAAACUUCCUACAGCAGGUACAGCUAACUGAGAGGCAGGGCAGAGGGCAAGGGCCUGCCUCUGACUUGCCCUGUCCUUACCAUUCCUGGGGAAAGUCCAACUCUCCCCAGGAGGGGGGGGCACCUUUCUCAGCUCAUUCUAUUCCUCACCCACACCCCCAGGCAGGGUUGGAAAUGAAGGACUUUUUUAAGCUUUUGUUUGUUUUUUAAAAAUAAAAUCUGUAAAACCUU